GGUCGGUGGUCCACACUCAAUCCAGAUUUAUCGUGCCGACAAAAGAGAGAAAUUUGCGCUACUUGGCAAUUCUGACCGGAACCUGCCAGGAAAUGUGUGAAUCGUCGCGGUAGUUUCCUUCAAUGUGCGCGACUUUAAGCAAUUGUCACCGGCAAUUUCCUGGAAAUUCUUCUCGAUCGUCGAGGAAGCUUCCUAAAAUUUGCGAGACUUAAUUUAAAUUGGUUUUCGCUAGUUUAGGCAGGAAUAUCCGGACAAAUGCCCUGCCUUUCGCUUGUUUCCCGUGCAGAAAUAUCCGGGACAAAUGCCCUGCCUUUCCCUUGUUUCCCGUGCAGAAAUAUCCAGACAAAUGCCCUGCCUUUCCCUUGUUUCCCGUGCAGAAAAUAGCUCUUGUUAGCUCUGCAGGUGGAGAAUCACCAGUAAUGGAGGAGCAGGGCUUAAUCGAUCAACAGGAAGGCGGUAGUGAUGAUACCGAAGGUACAGAAUCAACAGGGAUGGAAGAGAAGUGUUUAAUCGAUGAAAAACAAAGCAGUAAUGUUGAUAUUAACGGUUUUUAUAAGCCUUUCUACUAGGACUAGGAGCGUGGACAAAGAGAAAAGUACCACAACGAACAUCAUGGAGGAGCUGGAAGCCAUCAAUAAGGAUUUCAUUGAGAAAAAUUCCGAGCUCUUAGUGAUGACUAGUGGUCGUCAAGGGUGGUGUUCGAGCCGGAAGACUACAAAUUUAGGCACAGACAAACCGACUCUCAGUGCACCUGGGCAGAAGUUUGAUGUAUUUCUCAGUCACAGCGGUAAGCAAAAAAAUUUUGUGAGGCAGCUACACAGAGACCUCACAAACGUUGGAGUGUCCUGCUUCUUUGACGAAGAUCCUCAAAGUUUGCCAAUAGGAGAAGAUUUUCCCCCUCGUAUAUUUGAAGCCGCUAAGACAUGCAGAGUAGCAGUUUUGCUUCUUUCAAAAGAAUUCUUGGAAUCAAAGUGGCCAAUGCUUGAAGCCUCCACUUUCGUGAAAGCUAGACAUACAAAUCCCAGUUUCCAAAUUUUACCUCUGUAUUUUAUGAUCGCACCCGAGGCUCUUAAGCAAAUUACGGUAGACAACGAAAAGUGGAAAGGGUUUGGGAUAUCCGAGGAAACGCGGGUCGAAUGGCACAAAGCUUUGAAUGUAAUACGGCCAAUUAAUGCUUUGAAGUUCAGUGAAGGUGGCAAUGAAUUGGAGUUUAGAGAUAAAAUAGUUAGAGAAGUUUCUUGUAGACUUCUGAAACAAUCACGGAGGUAUCAUGUCCCUUUUAUGCAAGGAGAAGAAAGAAUGUGUCAGGAGGUUGCAGAUUUCUUCAACACUGUUCAUCCCAAUGAAAGGGGAAUCCGUAUUGCAGGAUUGUAUGGAAUAGCGGGCCAUGGAAAAACUACACUUGGAAAGGCUACCUGCAACUUCAAAUUGGCGGAUUUUGAAGGUAAAGUGUGUCAUCUGGAAUUUUCUGCAGACAGUUCAUUCGAAAGACUAAAACAUGCCCUACACUAUCUCACUCACCGCCCUCAAUCGCAUCUCCAAAUACUUCCUAGCGAAGAUCAGGCAAAAGUUGAGUUGCAUGAUAGAAUGAAGGGCCAAAGGGUAUUGUUGGUUCUCGACAAUAUCACAGAAGAAAGUAUAGACGAAGUGAAGUAUUUUCUUAAGGCAGAGUUGGGAGAAAACAGCUGGAUCCUUUUGAGCGCUCGGAGUGUAUAUGUUCUAGAAAAGCAUUUCCAAAUUGAGAGGAAGUCAUGUAUGCGCGUCCCAAGCCUUGCAGAGGACGAGGCCAUAGGCAUACUGUUGGAAAGAACAUCCCUGGACGAGUCAAGGUUGGGGGCAGAGGACCGAAGUUUUGUUUUGAAGUGUGCAAAGAGAUGUUCGUUCAAAGAGACUAGUUGUGACAUUUCUCGGAGAGGUCGAACAUUUCAUCCGUUAGCCUUAAAAGCUUUUGGCGGUCACCUCUUUGGUAAAUAUGGGUUGAGGUUGCAAAAAUGGGUUGCCGAGAUAGAUGGCUUGGUAAACCCAUCCGGUUACGGUCUGGCUGACGUGCUCGCUGUGCUUGGUAAAGCUUUUGAUGGCAUGAUUCCCAAAUACCGCACUAUAUUCAUGCUUCUCACCGUAUAUAUGCUGCUCAAUAUGUCUUCCCACACAGUCACUGAGUGGCUGGCAAUAAAUUGCAACGAAGAGAUAUCGUUUGUUGAAAAAGCAGUUAAGGAUUUAUGUAACAAGGCUUUUAUUGAAGAAUCUGUACCUGGAAUUCGCAUACACGACCUUUAUUUUGAGUUUGCUCGAAGUAAAGCAAAUGAAAUGGGGAGAUGGUUGUGGUGGAAGGGUGAUCUAGAUAGUACACGUGGGUUAAGUUCACAAGAUAGGGAAGGUUUUGAAGUAGUUAAGUUAGAGCAGUGCAAGUAUCGAAGUCCGUCCCAGAUCGCCUCCAAGUACCUUCAGAAUGUAUUGGCACUUCAGCUCGUAGGUGUGCAGAAAAUGAGCAAGCUUGACUUGGGUCCAAUGAACAGUCUCAGAAGUCUCGCAUUACACAAUUGCCAGGACUUAGCAGCAAUUGAAGGUAUGGAAAAAUUGUUGGAACUGGCGUGGCUUCAGAUUAGUGAGCUACAUCCAAUGUUUGAACUUCCCGAGCUAAGCAGCCUCCAAGGGUUGCAACAUCUUGAGAUCGACAUUGCAGUCAACGAGGAACUCAAUCAGCUGGGAGAUCUUACUUCUUGCUUUUCUCUCAGAGAGAUUAAGGUUCGCUGUCCAUCCCUCUUGGAGUUCCCAAGGUUAAAUGGUUUGCCCCAUUUGAAGAAAGUGGAAUUUAGUCUUUGUGAUAAAGUGAAGGGGGCUCUGGACUGUAGAGAUUGUGUGGAGCUUCAGAGUGUUGUCCUCGACAGUUGCUGCCAGAUGGUUACCCCACCGCUCCUCGCAAGAUGCAAGAAAUUAUCCAAAAUUUCUUUGUCAGAAUGUGAUGCGGUGACUGCGUGUCCAAAUAUAGAUGCGCCAAAUGCUUUAAAGACAUUAGAGUUGUUCAUUUCAUCAAAAGGUGCUUUAGCUCCAAAAUGGUUGGAGUUUUGUAAAGCAAUGGAAAACCUUCAGCUGUGGAAUAUGAGGAAUGUAGAGCAGCUUCCGAGUUUAAGACGUUUAUCAAAUUUGACUGUGCUCAAACUUGGCAAGUGUGGUAUAACGGAGCCACCUGAUCUUGCAUGUUGUGUCAUGUUGGAGAUGGUUAGCUUUUUCUCACUAAACACGUUAGAAAGGUUUCCCAAUUUCACAUCACUGAGGAGGUUGAAGAAUUUAAGUUUAUAUAAUUGCAGGAGGGUUGAAGAUCCACCAGAUAUCUUGGGAUGCCAAGAAUUACAGGUGUUGAUUCUGCUCUACAACGAUAAUUUAAAAGGACUUCCAAGGAUUGAUGACUGCCGACGAUUAAAGCAAAUCCAAGUGAGUUGGGGUUGUAAAGACGAGGUCGUUUAUGAUGGAAUUUUUCCCAACAAUUGGGAGGUCGAUGACGAUAAUGAAUAUUUUUUGGAGCACUUUAAAGAUGAUAUAUUCCACUUUAGGGAAUUUCCAGAACCAUUGAAAGGGUGGCGGUGGCUUAAGGGCAAGGCAGUGCUGGGGAAGAAGUAUUUCCGUGGAGUGAAGAUGUAUAACUCUAUCACAGCUCCGUAUGAAACUUCAGAAAUGUCCAAGUUUUACGGCCAAAAUUCAAUUACUCUCAGUUUGCGUGGUAACAAAGUGAUCGCUUUUCCGACACCGGCCGGAGUUAUUGAAAAUCGGGAUUGGUUGAAAAAAGUGCAAGAGUACUUUGCUGGAAAGGAGGAUAUCGCUUCUGCAAGUGCUGCCUCGGGUCCGGUGAAGCAUGUGUUAGGUUCAGUAGACGCAAAAGAAUCAACUCAAGAAAAGUACGAAAAUGGUGAUACAGCUUUGCACAUGGCUGCUAGGGAAAACUGCUUGAAUAAAAUGAGGCAGCUAAUAGAGUUUCAACCGGAACUGUGUUGUUCUGUUAAUGACAAAGGAAAAACGCCGCUUUGUAUUGCGGUGAAACUAGGGCAUCUAGAAGCAGUAAAACAGUUGAUAGAGUCAAGGCCAGACGCUGUCACAAUACGGAAUCAUCGUGGAAUGAACGUGCUACAUUUAGCUGCCCAAGUUGGCCAAGUGGAAGUUGUUGAUUAUUUGAGAGAAAUGGUAGGCCUCUCAGACCUGGUGAACCAGGGUCUUCAAAGUGGAGACACACCUCUGCAUAUUGCAGCCAGCAACGAAAACUCUUGUAUGGUGCGUUCGCUCCUGCAUAUACAUGGCAUAAACAGAGGUGCAGUUAACGAAAAAGGCUUAACAGCCCUCGACAUUGCAAGAGAAAACAUGAAAGACCACAAAAGCUACCUAGAGUCAGCGAGCCCAAUGUUAGCGCUUUUGUUGUUAGUGCUUUUGUUAUCUAGUGCUUUGAGCGCAUUGCUCAUUUACGUGUCCGCAUUGCUCAUUUACGUUUCCGCACUCGUCGUUUACACUUUGUUAUCUAGUGCUUUGGGGUCCGUAUUGCUCGUUUGCGUGUCCACAUUGCUCGGUAAGGUGUCCGCAUUGUCCGCAUUGCACAUGCCCGCAUUGCACAUGCCCGCAUUGCACGCAUUGUUCGUUUUCGUGUACGCAUUGUUCGCAUUUCUCGUUCCAAUGCCCGCACGGUCCGUUCCAAUGCCCGCACGGUCCGUUCCAGUGUCCGAAUUGUCCGAAUUGUCCGCAUGGACCGCAUUGCUCGUCGUUUACACUUUGUGGAUAUGCUUUCCUUUCAUUUAUGGUCAUUCAUUUAUGAUCUCGUGGUCAUUCAUAUAUGAUUAUACGAAUCGUACGGCGGAUACUGCACUGUAUUACAUAUGUGGGAAGAUCAUGGCCGUUUUUAGAUUUGUGGUUCCUCUCCGCUCUUUUACAAACUUUACAGUGCAGCUGAUGAGACUCAACAAGCUGAGUGCUAUCCUAUGGUUGCUGACCGAAUAGUGGAUAAAACUAGAACAUUGUGGUGUUUCACCGGUUGCGCCGGAGAAAAACCAAGUACUCUAAUUUGCUACAAGAAAGGCUGAAAAAUAUUCAAAUUUCAAAUUUAACUUACAAAUUGUGUAAUUGUAGUAAAGACAGAAGUGGUAAUGAACUAACUAGUAUAUCUAUCCUUAGAGAUAUAUAAGUAUGUUGAUAUUA